AUGCCAAAAUAUGACACACGGAAACAUACAUCUACCUGGGGAAAGAACUAUAUCGGUCCUUUCCCUAAAACACUCAAUCCCCAACCUAAUCUCUACGGCGCGUACGCCCAACUGUUGAAAUCCUCUAUACCCACCGGAGUCGGUCCUUUCCCCAAUACUUCUGUCAUACAUAAGACCGUUUUAUCUCCAAACCGACUCAAUCCGAGUCCAACCGUGAAGGUUGUACAGCCCGUGCCCAUUGCGGGUGGAAAUCGGACCUAUCCCCUGUCCCCAAUCCCCGAUCCCCAAUUCCCUCUUCCACACGCUUCAUAUUCAUGUAAGGAGCACAUGUCAAACUCUCAUUCUAUUGUCUAG